AUGGACUACAUCUUUGGCUGUGCACUGGGCUUCCUGCGCUGCGCUUCUGUGGUCGUCUCGUAUGACAUCGCCUGCCAGUGGAGCAUCAACUUAGAGAAGCGCCUCUCGCGAGUACCGGGCGGAAGAGCCUUGAGCGCGGGCGCUGCGAAGUUCGUCUCGUGGAUUAAGGAGAGCGGCCCGGCAAGCACCCUCUUGUCAAAGGUCAAGUACGCCGUGCCAAAGUUCCAUCUAUAUGCGCAUAAGGUCGCAUGUCAGGUUCGGUGGUCGUUCAUGUGGCUGGUCGGUGCAGGUGCGACGGAUGGAGAGGGCUUGAGCCUGUUGAAGGAUUGGAUGGUUAGAGCCGUGCAGGAGGUGACGCAGCAGUGCGUCAUCCAUACGGAGCUGACAGAAGCCAUUUGCAGCGAAGCCCCUGAGAUGUUAAGCUCAACAGAGGCGCGGGUGUCCGAAUGGGAGCUCGAUAACACCAAGCCGAGCCCGUAUCAUAUUGAGAAGGAGCGCCUCUCUGUUGCCCAGAUCAGACUAGAGACAGCAAAAGUGCAGGGUUCAUCGGUGGAGAAGGUGGCGCGGAACGUCAACGACGGUCGCGGGGAUUCAGACAGCGGCGGUGCGGCCAGCGAGGCAAUGGAGGAUGAAGAGCAGAACGCAGUGGAUCUGACAAACUUCAUCUUGCACGGGUUGGACAUUGAGGAGGAGCAGGCCAAACUAUCUUCGAAUAGGGCGACGGCGGGCGGUGGCGAAGAGGAUUCGGGGACUAAGAAGCAGAUGACCUCGCGAACGCAGGCCCUGAACAACCUCGUACGCAUGAUCGUGGAGUUUUGCGACAUGCAAGAGCGCAUGAUGCCUGCUACCUACGCGGCGCUGACUUGCGAACAGCGCGAGCCGGACCGCACCACGGCUCUGAAAGUGAAGCUUCACUUGCCCUCACAGCCACCUCACAGGAUGUCUAUGGAAAACACGUCGUCUACUGCUGCGCGCAAUAUGGAGGUCAAGAUUUGA